AUGCUACAGUCACCAAGGAUGCUGUUGGUCAAUCUAGUAAUAAAAAUAAUUACUUUGAUCAUAACAGGACCGUGUGGGAUCAUCCUGAACUCAUCGAUUGUAGCUGUGCAUCUCAGACACUGGAAGAAGGGAGUGAGCCUCGGGGAUUGUGAUCAAAUCAUUCUGAUCAAGGGGUUCACCAAUGUCCUCCUCCAGUGCUUUUUAACUUUCAGUGGGACAAUCAAUGGUUUUCAACUAUAUGAGCAUUUUGACAAUAAUUACUUUUUAGUAGCUUACAUUGUCUUCUUCUUGUCUUCCUUCUGGUUUUGGCUCACUGCCUGGCUCGGUAUCUGCUACUGCUUGAGACUUGUCAACAUUUCACAUCAAUUCUUUUUUGUCUUAAAGCAGAGAGUCUCUUCAGGGAUAAUCCAGCUCCUUUUUGGGACAGCAGUCAUUUUAGGCAUGAUUAUUUUUCCAGGUUUUUGGACAUUUGACAUAAAAGCUAAGCAAAACACAUCUAUCCCCUUAUCAAUUGAUUAUUUUAUUUUUAAGGGAGACAGUAAAUGCCUUUCCUUCAAUGCUGCAAUUGGUUUCUGCCUGCCAACUCUUCUAAAUUCUCUCUGUAUUGGACUAAGCCUAACGUCCCUUUUGAGACAUGUCCAGAGGGUGAAGAAGAAUAAUUCUCAGUCCUGGAGUGGUAAAAUGAAGACCCAUGCAAGAGCCUGUGUGACAAUAUUCCUCCUUAUGGCUCUGAACUUGUUUUUUUUUGCAACAGUUAUUAUUUUUGCUAUAUUACAAUUCAGUUCUGGAACUCUUUUGGAUACUUUCUUCUGGACUAUAAUCAUGGCAUGUCCCUCAGGCCAAGCUAUCAUUUUGUUUUUUGGAAAUUCAAAGUUACGGUCUGGUUCGUUAAAGACUUGUUUCUGA